UUUCCUAUCCUCACCACCAUCUUUAGCUAUAGAAUGUGAAAUGCCAACAUUGUCUCAUCUCAUCAUUUCCCCCAAGAAAAGUAAAUAUGUUGAUAGGGACGUGGUGGAAUUUUCCUGUGAAAGAAAUCUCAAAAGAGUGGGAUCUGACUCCUCUCAGUGUUACUACUUUGGAUGGUUCCCGACAUUUCCAAAUUGUACAGAAGAACCUAAAAAACCCUGUGAACAACCACCUCCUAUUGACAAUGGCAGACCUGUUAAAGCAGACAGGACCCAAUAUUCCCAUGGAGCAACAGUAGAAUAUGAAUGUGAAUCAAUCUAUAAAAUGAUUGGGUCAAAGACAGCGAAGUGUAUUAGUGGAGAAUGGACAUCUCUUCCUUCCUGUGCUGAUAAACAAUUUGAGAUUACAAGGAAAUGCCCACCUCCACCUCAGAUCCCAGGUGCCGUCAAGACAACAGAGAUACGAAACUAUGAGAAUGGUGAAAAAAUAGCCUUUACUUGCCAAAAAUAUUUUGAACUUCAAGGAGUGAAAGAAGUAAUGUGUGAAAAUGGGAAGUGGCAGUCACCACCACGCUGUACUGGUCAGUAG